CUUCUCAACAACACACAAAGUCAUCUACAAUGGCUCGCACCAAGCAAACUGCCCGCAAGUCCACUGGUGGCAAGGCUCCCCGUAAGCAGCUCGCCUCCAAGGCCGCUCGCAAGUCAGCACCUUCUACCGGAGGUGUCAAGAAGCCUCACCGCUACAAGCCCGGUACCGUCGCUCUCCGUGAGAUCCGUCGCUACCAGAAGUCGACCGAGCUCCUCAUCCGCAAGCUCCCCUUCCAGCGUCUGGUUCGUGAGAUCGCCCAGGACUUCAAGUCGGACCUCCGCUUCCAGUCUUCGGCCAUCGGCGCUCUCCAGGAGUCCGUUGAGGCCUACCUCGUCUCUCUCUUCGAGGACACCAACCUCUGCGCCAUCCACGCCAAGCGUGUCACCAUCCAGAGCAAGGACAUCCAGCUCGCCCGCCGUCUCCGCGGCGAGCGCUCUUAAGCUCUUAACACCAUCAUCAUGACAACUUGAUGUACUCUCUCAUCAUCAGCAUCAUAUACCACCAACGAGAAGCUUGAGGAUGGAUGGUCUGAGGGACAUUGAUGGGAUGGUUGGCGUUGGUUUUCUUCUGACUUUCUUCUACUGAGUUUUGCAAUUUUUCGAGCAAGGGAAUGACAUGGGAUUCGGGGUUCUUACUAUCAUGGGGUGCACGAAAGCGUGCACAGAUUCAAGAGAGCAUUGAUUGUAACAUAAUGAAAUGCACACACACAAAAGGCCGGGCCCGGGCACUUUUGAUUCAACUUCAA